AUGAGCACGCCAAAUAUCAAGACCGCAGUCGAUGAUGGGGCUUCUCAACGAGUCAUAGAAUCCCCCGCUACAGUCCAGGACAUAGCAACGCAACAAGCCUGUGAGGCACGACGCUUCAUUCAGCAGGAACUGCGGCAAAGCAACCACUUGUCCUGCAACCGACGCACCAUCCUGGAAAGUGCUCUAUCCCUUGUAAACAGGAUAUCUGCGCCAUCGUUAGAGAAAGGACUGUUCCAUGGGGAUACCAGAGAGUCGGGGGAUUCCAGUGUAUCAGGCCUGGAGGAGUUCACCCUGGAGACGUACUUCAUGAUGUCAGAGGACAUAGCACACCGAGAUCCGCCCGGGAAGCACUUGCAUUGGCCCGACCAUGUCUCGGUCAGAAGCCUGGAACAUAUGAGCCUGUCUCUUGCUGAAGGCAGAGUCGAUCGUCAGACAUCUCUGCAUUAUCGCGUCUGCGUCUAUACCAAAGCCAUCUUUUUCCUCGCCCGUCUGCGGGAACAACAGAUGAAUGGGCGGCUUCGCAACCAUGUUAGAAUGACUCGUCAUAAAUAUACUCUAGCAGCUUUCAAGGCUCUAGACCAGGUUGAUUUGAGUGGGACGCACUCUCUAUCCUUGGUUCAGGCUCUACUGUCCGGUGCGCUGCUUCAUCAGAUGCAAGGGAACCCCACGAAGAGCUGGACGCUAACGGCAUUCGCUGCGCGGCUGCUUGUCGCCAUGAAUCAUCACAACAUUACCAAUGAUACACCCGUUCUAACGCAGGAGGAAGAAGAUGCCCGCUUCUGUCUUUCCUCCUGCUACUUACUCGAUAAAUCACUAAGCAUGCUUCUCCUUCGACCGCCCUCACUUCCACGCCUGGGAGUAAGUCCUGUCGCACUCAUCCCUAUGGACGACGGCAUGUCGCUCAGCACGAUCACCAGAACCACGGUUGAACUAGCGGAAAUUCAAGAGGCUGCAUUGGAGCUAUUCUACAGAUGGGCGGGGCCUGGGGAUACAAGUAACCCUGCGGCCGAGCUCGAUGGGAUGAUCCAGCAGUUGAAUUCGAUGAAGAUCCGCCGGGCAAGCUCCAGGCCGGAACUGCAGCUGGAUUGGAUGGCGGUAGAAUUCCGAUAUCACGCGAUGGUGACAACCAUACUACAGUGCAAAUCAAGGAUCUGGGGCACGGCUCAGAACCGGGAGGAAUGUCUCGAGCAUGCGCGACAUGCGCUCGAGGCUUUGAGCCGUCUGCAAACAGUUUUCGAUGAGGACGGUGCCUUUGUUGGUGCUUACCCGAUGUUCUUGACCUGGACUGUCUUCUCUUACCCCAUGACUCCUUUCUAUAUCUUGUUCUGCAAUGUGGUUGGGACGUCGAAAGUGGAAGACUUCCGGCUGAUGCGCGACACGACCAAGGGUCUUUAUCGGUUCAUCGAUUUAAACCCUGCAAUCGGCAGGUUAUACCACUUGUUUACUCAGUUUCUCGUCCUUUGCAGUCCCCUUGUUGAGGGGGAAGCAGAGAGUACCAGUCCCUGCUCUGUCCAGCAAAACAUGAACCUCGACCCUGAAGAGCCCAGCGUUCCAUCAGAUGCCGGUAUCCCCCUACUUAACACAGACCAUCAACGCUACAAUGGCUCGGCCCAGGGAGAAACUGAGGGGGCUAGAUUUUUGGAUACGACAACACGACCAGAGAUGGAUUCGUGGUGGAACAAUGCUCCGAUGUGGGAACUGUUUGGCACUCAGCCUUCGCUCGAAUGGGUGAAUUCUGAGAUCACCGAUUUUGUGGCAGAUGGCUAUCCGUAG